CUUUUUCUUCCCACUCUUUCUCUCUCUUUCUCUCUCUCUCUCACUCUCUACCUUCUUUCAUCGAAACCUCUUUGUUGACUCUAUUUGUCAUCCGGUCCCCCUUCGCACGUGAGAGUUUUUUGUUUUAAUUUUUGACAAUUCGCACUCAUGCCGGCAAUGCAUCAGAUGAGAUCUCUGGACGACUACGACAUCUCGCCAAAGACGGGGUUUCUUCCCUCGGAGCCUCCACUACGAAGACUGGAAGACCCGUACUUUGCGCCUUGGGAGUCGAUGAUGGACGACUUUAAUGGCUUGCUAUUGGCGGGAAAACUUCGACAGAGUGUGCACAAGAUGCCGCUGCUGGAUUACACUCGUCUGAAGACAGUGCAGGAAUAUCGGCGUGCGUUCCUUAUUAUGUGUAUGCUGUCGCAUAGCUAUGUGUGGGGCAAACUUGAAAAAACUUCAGAGACGUUACCAGCAAACCUUGCGGUUCCAUGGUCUGCCAUUGCUACCCACUUGGGUCUUUGUCCUGUGGUGUGUCAUGCAGCCGUCGUGCUAUGGAACUACAAAUUGCUUGACAACGAUGGUCCAAUUGACCUGAGCAAUUUGAGCGCCUUGUCUACUUAUUCGGGCUCACUAGAUGAGUCAUGGUUCUACUUGGUGACUACAGCAAUCGAGAGUGUGGGCGCACCUUGUUUAUCAGCCAUGAUGAGCUCCAUCAAUCAUGUGCAAAAGGGUGAUUACGAGGGUCUACUUGCAGACUUGCAAACCGUCCUCACCGCCAUGAAAGGGAUGAACGAUACAUUGCAACGGAUGUAUGAAAAGUGCGACCCAUACGUAUUCUAUUGGAAGAUUCGUCCGUAUUUAGCAGGAUGGGAGAACAUGGCCGAGGCGGGUCUUCCAUUUGGUCUCAUCUAUGAAGGUGUCGACUCGUUCUGGAGUGCCGAGACGGACGAAUAUGCAGACAUGAGCCAUUUAUCCGAGGCAGAGCGUCUUCUUCGACAAUACCGUCGUUAUGCAGGCGGUAGUGCUGCACAGAGUAGUUUGAUUGCUGCGCUGGAUGUAUUUCUCGGCGUGGAACACUAUCCCACGGGCAAACGACCACAGGUUCAGAGGCCAGAUAGCCAUGAUCAGAAAACCGUCAAUGACCGAUAUACGCAAUUACCCACGCCUAACCCAGCUGAUGAGCUCAACAAGUCGAAAGCAGCAUCAGAAGAAAGUCGGCCUGUACAACCCACGUUUGUGCGUACCAACCGCAACACCUUCUUACGCGCAAUGCGCAUGUAUAUGCCACGACCGCACCGAGAGUUUCUUGAAGAUCUCGAACACGCCGCCAACUUGCGCUCAUUCAUGAUGCAUUUGGAUCAACAACCCAAAACAAAGCGAUCAGCUGAAGAAACCAUGCUACUUGAAGUGUACAACGACUGCUUAGCACAGCUCAAGUCCUUCCGCGACAUACACGUCCAGAUCGUCACGUUGUACAUUGUCAAUCAAGCGCGUAAGGGCCCCAAUAUUGCCCAUGGUGGGUUUGCCAUUGAAAAAAAGAAGCAGCAGUAUCAACAAAGCGACGACAGCCAGAUACAACAAGAUGAUCAGACCCGCCCAGCAAAGAAGGCGAAAAUCAAUGCGGCUGACCACAACGUACUCUACCCGCAAACUGCCCUUGAAACGUCCCCUCGUAUUCGUAAAGGCUCGCUAUCGGCCAUGGUCAGUGAUCUGUUCCCUGAACUGGGCCUGGCAAAGCACGUCGAUCCGAAGACGGGUGUGGUGCGUGGUACUGGCGGUACCAACGUGUUGCCGUUUCUGAAACAGUCGCGAGAUGAGACUUCUGACACUAGGAUUGGCAUUGCCAGUGCUCACCCGAAUGGAACAACAGUGAAAAACCCAAAUACAGUUGCGUCCAUUGCAACAGAACCUACACCAGAACGCCGUCGAUCAUGGCGAAAUUGGUUCAUUACAAAAUAGCGUUGUACAGUCAUAAGGACAUUUAUACCUCGGCUUUUUUCUUACUCUUCUUACUAUCUUCUCUGCUGUCUAGCUUACAGUGUUCCUCUUUAAUUGCUUGAUAACCUAACCACCCCUCUCUUCUGUCUCUAUUUUCCUUUACGUUUCGAGCUCUUUAUCUGUAUAAUAUUUAUCAUACCAUCCUCACUACCACGAAAAAACCCCCCACCCUCGCUUCUUCUUUCAAAACACACACACACACACACAUACGC